CUAGUUUGCCUCGUGUUAAAAAAAGAUAAAAUAUUUUAGGCCUAUAUUAGCCAAAUAACAGAAAUUCCAAGGCAGCCAGCAUUGAAAACACCUUGAAAAUACAAAGGCCAAUCCCAAUAACAAGUCAUCAGCAACCACGGUAACAGAUUUGCUUCGUUUUCACGCUCCUUUCGUUUGGAAAAAUGAACGCGAAACCAAAAGCCCCAGCCUCGGCCCUGGUCAAGCAACAGUAUCACCGACAACGGCUGGGAACAAGACCCUCCAGGGAAGCAGGCGGCAUUGGCACUACUCCCACUGCAGCAAGUUCCGAAGGCCCUGAUGAUAAUGCCUGUGUAGUCUGUUUUAAAACUGUAGACAUAUACUCCAUAGGAGAUUGUGAUCAUCCGGUUUGCUAUGAAUGCUCAACUCGUAUGCGGGUGUUGUGCCAGCAAAACGAAUGCCCAAUUUGCCGUCAUGUUUUGGCGAAGGUUUUAUUUACAUUGGAAAAGCUUCCUUAUCGCGAACUAGAAGCAGCAAACCGAUCCGAUUUUUAUAGCAAAAAGUAUCGCAUCGGAUUUUGUAGUGCCGAGAUCCAGCAAAAAUUUUUUCAGCUACUUGAUCACCCGUGUCAAAAGUGUGCGGUGCCACCAUACAGGACAUUCUCGGGGCUCCGUAAUCAUGUACGCAAUGAACACAAUUUGUACUAUUGCGAUUUAUGCGUUGAGACGUUAAAAAUAUUUACAUUCGAGCGUCGUUGCUACACCCAAAGCGAACUACAUAUUCAUAACACCAAAGGAGACGCAGAUAACAGGUCACAUCGAGGCCAUCCAAUGUGUGAGUACUGUAAAAGCCGCUACGUAGACAGAGACGAAUUGUUCCGGCAUCUUAGACGGGAGCACUAUUUUUGCCACUUUUGUGAUGCCGAUGGAUGCAACGAGUUUUAUAACAAAUAUUCUGACCUGGCUGAUCACUUCCGGAGCGAGCACUUUCUCUGCGAAGAGGGCAAAUGCGCCACGGAGCAGUUUGUUGGAGCGUUUCGCAAUGAAAUCGAGUACAAAGCGCAUGUGGCAAAUGUCCACGGCAAGUCAUUAAACAAAAUGCAAGCCAAACAAACGCGUACUUUGCAGCUGGAAAUUACAUUGGGUCGACGAGGUCGUAGUGGACCCAUGGAACAAGGCAUAGCCAACAUGAGAUCGCGCAACGAUGAGCAGUUCGACGAUUUGCCCUCGACAAGUACAUAUCAUGGGCCAGUUAACAUUGAUGCAGGCAACGAGGAAGAAUUUCCAACUUUGGGUGGAGUUACAGCUGCACCGAACGUUUCGUUGGUAAGGCCGCCGCCACCUUCUAUGCGUAAUCUAAGCGGCACUUCGGGAUUAGCCCGAACUAAAGAGAAUUUUCCGGCUCUCGGUGGCGCAACUAAUACAGUUUCCGCCGUCAGGGGAGAACAUUUUCAACAAAAGCCUGUAGCGGCUGUAUUUAAAAAGUCCAAUGCAAACAGUUCUACACAAGGUAGUGGUGGUAAUACGAAUGGUAUGUUAUUACAUGUUUCAAAUCGACCAGCCGCCAAAAAAACGGGUGCUGCCACAGAAAUGGAUUUUCCUGCGCUCCCAGCUGGAAGUAAGAGCAAGAAAAAGGUUACCACAGCUCGUAAUCUGGAGGAGGAUAUGUUGCCCAGUGGUUCGUCACCUUUUACAACAAACGUUUCGGCGAAACAUAGAACUCUCGUCGAUGAUUAUGUGUCGGUUGCCAAUCCUAGCACGUACCAAAAAAUACAAAUGGUUCAAAAGGAGGAGUCCGAAGCCAAGGCGCGACAGGAGGCCAUGAAAAAAAGCGCGCCCAAGUUAACGGCAGCCGAGUUUCCUACUCUUGGUCCCACCAGCUCAAGCAAAGCUGUUCCUCUGGUUACCGUUCUCAAAUCGUCACAAAACAAUUGGGCCAAGCCGAAUAAUGAGAAGAGACAAAGGGAGUUGGAAAAUCGAAAGGCCAAAGUUGCGCCUGCUCCGGUGCUGCCUACUUCAACCGGUAAGAUAAACAACAAUAACUAUCAAAUCCAACAGCCAGCCAAGAACACUAAGGAAAAGAAAACAAAAGAGAAGAAAAAGAGCACUAACAAUAAUGAGGAGAUUAUUACCAAGCCAAAACAAAAGGAGAAAAAUAACAACGAACAAAACCCGUCCAACGAAACUCCAAAUUUAAUUAAUGCCAAUGGACACUCGACUAUUCGUACUCCGCCUGGUCUCGGAGCGUCAGCUUCAGCACUAAAGCCACCGCCUGGUUUUCUAUCCAAUGUAAUGGUUAAUUCAGUGGCUAAGUUGCAAAACGAUUUGACAUUCACCAGUUCCUUAGGCGAGAGUUAUAGCAUUGUGCCCAGUCCCUAUACAUACAGCGAUCCCCCUGAAUCCGAUUCCAGAAAUCAGAAAUUAGUGACGCAAAUUAUGAAGAUACUUAAAACGCCUGAGAACUUGGAAAAUUUUCGAUUGCUGUCGCUAAAAUUCCGUGACGGCUCUUGUACAGCCCAGGCUUAUUAUGAGCACUGUCAAAGUGCUUUAUUAGAUUCCUUCUCCAAUCUUUUUCCGGAACUUUUGGUUAUGCUUCCCGAUAUAAGCAAGCAACAGGAGCUUUAUCUUGUCCAUAAGCAACAGUUAAACUCUCUAUCGGUAUCCCAACGAAAAUUACUCACGUGCCUUGAAGUCUGUGGAGUAUGUAAACAAAUUGUCUUACCCAAGGACUUAGAAAGUCAUCAGAAAGUUCACGAGCUCUCCAAGAAUUUUCCCAGCUUGAACGCAGGUGGAUCCUUUUCCAAUGUACAACACGAGUAAAACAUAAAUCGCAAGCGAGUUGAUGGCAAUUGCAGUGAUGAACAAAAUGAAAAAGCUUUAACCAUCUGUAUUUUGUAAUGCAUGUGUAUAUUUAUUCUCCUGCUCCUCCGUGUGUUGUAUAAUUUGAACUCAGAUGUGAAGAUUGCCUAAUUUCAUAACUGGGCAUAUAGUUAGGCAAGCAAAACUUUUUUGAUGUGAUUUCAAAACAGCUCCAUGAAUCUUAGAGUGCACAAUGAUAAUACAAGUUUCCAAACUAGAUAAAGUGUAAAGCAAUCAAAAUUAAUAGCCCGAUUCCGUUUAAAUAAAUACAAAAUUAAAAAAAAUAAUAUGAAAUGGUCAAAUACAAACGAGCGAGCGGGAAAAUGAAACUGAAGACGAUAUAGGUUAAUGCAAACAAAAAAAAACAUAUAAUGUUUUUGUUAAUUUGUAAAAACGAAUAAACUAUUGUGCCGACGAUAACGUUUAAAUAUUCCUUGAAAA